AUGGCAAAGGUGGACAAUAAGGACGAGAGCAGCAAUAUCGAAAACAACAGCAUCACCUUGGAUGCGGACCCACGCGAUGGGAAUGGGGAUGGGAAUGGGGAUGGGGAUGGGCGAAGCGAUAUGUCCGACACGUCAAGUGACGAGAGUGAGGCAACACUUUCUCUUGCACUCGUUGGCAACCCAGUACUCGAAGCCAUACGAAUCAAUACACUCGUAUACAAACUUUCGGAUAUGUUGGAUUUCGAGGCGUUGACCUACUUAGCUGCCCAUAGGGUUACAAGUAGAGUAACACGCAUGAUGGAGGAUGAGCGCGACGAGGCGCCCAAGACCCUGAGAUACAUUCUCAAGGUCAUCAGUCCACACGACCAAGGCAUGCGUCCGGUCAUCAUUCAACUUUACUUCGAUCACUUCAAGUUUGUCGAGAGCCAGGUGUCUUUGAAGAGCAUCCUUUGCGAGGAAGAACUUGUUCGCUGGGAACUGUCCGCUUCAGUCAUGAGGCGCGAAGAGCAGCAACGGGCCGAGAUGAAAAAGCGACGGGAGCUAGAAAGAGCCCAACGAGCGACAGAUUCGGACGAUUCCAAAGAUUCAGACGACUCGGAUGAUUCAGAUGAUUCAGAUGAUUCGGAGGACUCGGAGGAUCGUUCCGAGGACUCGGAUGAUUCAGACGAUUCUAACGAUUCAGAGGACUCUGACGGUUCAAACCGUUCAGACGAUCCAGAAAUGCCGGACUGGCCAGAAUGGCCGGACGAUCCAAUUCGCAAUUUCGGUUUCGACGUAGACGACUCAUACGGCUUAUACGACCCAUACGGCCCAGACGACUCAGAUACUUGGGAAGACAUGUAA